CGUUCCCAAAUCGGCCGCCUCGAGUUCGGUGGUGGGGCACAGCGCUCCCCUCUCUCCUGUCCACCCUCUCCACCCCCUCUCUCCUGCUCCAUCUCCUCUCUCCCUCUGACCCCCUCUCGCCUGUCCACCCUCUCUCCUGCUUCAUCUCCUCUCUCCCUCUCCACCCCCUCUCUCCUGCUCCACAACCCUCUUUGCUAUGCCGGAGCCCCAUGCCAUGGAGCAGCACUUCAGGGCCCACAGCCGCGUGAAGGAGUUCACCGCGCACGGGGCCAAGGUUCACUCCGUAGCGUGGAGCUGCGACGGGAGGCGUCUCGCGUCCGGCUCCUUCGACAAAACCGCGAGCGUCUUCCUGCUUGACAAGGACCGCAUGGUGAAGGAGAAUAACUACCGUGGACACGGAGACAGCGUGGACCAGCUGUGCUGGCACCCCCUCAACCCGGAGUUGUUCGUCACAGCCUCCGGAGACAAGACAGUGCGAAUUUGGGACGUGCGCAGUAACAAGUGUGCGGCGACUGUCAACACCAAAGGAGAAAAUAUAAACAUUUGCUGGAGUCCAGAUGGUCAGACAAUUGCUGUCGGUAAUAAGGAAGAUGUUGUAACUUUCAUCGAUGCCAAGAAUUACAAGACAAAAGCUGAAGAGCAAUUUAAGUUUGAAGUCAACGAAAUUUCUUGGAACAAUGACAAUGAUCUCUUUUUUCUCACCAACGGCAAUGGCUGUAUUAGCAUAAUGAGCUACCCUGAACUGAAACCCAUCCAAUCAAUUAAUGCCCACCCUUCCAACUGCAUCUGCAUCAAGUUUGACCCGACAGGAAAGUACUUCGCAACAGGCAGUGCGGAUGCACUGGUGAGCCUGUGGGAUGCCAAUGAGCUAACCUGUGUUCGCUGCCUCUCCAGGCUGGACUGGCCAGUACGGACACUCAGCUUCAGCCACGAUGGAAAGAUGCUGGCCUCUGCUUCCGAGGAUCACUUCAUUGAUAUCGCAGACGUGGACACUGGUGAAAAAUUAUGGGAGGUGCACUGUGACUCUCCCACGUUCACGGUCGCUUGGCAUCCGAAGCGACCUCUGCUGGCCUUCGCUUGCGAUGACAAAGAUGGGAAAUAUGACAACAGUCGAGAUGCUGGAACCGUCAAGCUCUUUGGAUUGCCCAAUGAGUCCUGAACAACAGAUUACAGCAUAUGGCCUUUCACACGACAGCUGCAACACAAACUGAAAACAAUGUUCAGUGGUGGGGGGGGGGAGUAAAAGAAAAAAACAAGUCGAAUUCCAUGGUUAUGCAAGUCUGCAGUAUGGAAAGCAAACUAGUAUUUUUGACAAUUCGUGUGUAGAAGACAAUGGGAUAUUGUCAAGAAAUUGGUUUGGUUAUUUGAUUUUUACAUACGCGUUUUAUUGAUGUUAUAAAAAUAAAUCUUUUUCCAAAUAAAGUGGUGUAAUCAUUUGGUGUAUAAGCAAGA